GUUAUUAUGUGUCCACACUGCCACCGGGUGUUGUGAGUGUGAUGUGUGUUAUUAUAUCAUCAUUUAAACUUAUUUUGGUAUUUAAACAUAUCAGGUGUGUGAGCAGGUAAGAUGGGAGUUCAUGGCUUGUGGAAGCUCUUGGAAAGCACCGGAAAACCCGUCAACCCUGAGACACUGGAGGGGAAGAUCUUAGCUGUCGAUAUCAGCAUCUGGUUGAAUCAGGCGGUUAAAGGUGUGCGGGAUCAUGAUGGUAAUAACGUUCAGAACGCUCAUCUGCUCACACUCUUCCAUCGGCUCUGUAAGCUGCUGUUCUUCAGGAUCAAACCCGUGUUUGUGUAUGAUGGAGACGCGCCGCUGCUCAAGAAACAAACGCUGGCGAUCAGGAGACAGCGCAGGGAGGAAAUGACACGUGAAUCCAAACUAACCAAUGAAAAACUGCUCAGGACGUUUCUGAAGAGACAAGCCAUCAAAGCUGCUCUAGGUGAUCAAAGUCAAGAGGUGAUUCCCAGCCUGUCGUCUGUCAGAUGUGAUGAUGUUGAUGACAUGUAUGUUCUGCCGACUCUUCCUCCUGACGAAGAGAAAGAGCAGAGCAGUUCAGAUGAAGAGACGGAGAGAGAUGAAUCUAUGCAGAACUACAGCACAUAUCAGGAAGAGAUGUAUGAAAACCCAAACUCUGUUGACAUUAAUUCAGAGGAGUUUUCACUCAUGCCACCAGAAAUCAAACAUGAAAUCCUGAAAGAAAUGAAAGAGUUUAACAAAAGACGACGCACACUGUACCACAAACCACCAGAGCGGUCAGGUGAGUUCUCUCAGUAUCAGUUAGCUGGUUUACUGCAGAGAAACAAACUAAACCAGCGUCUGGAGGGAGUGGAGAAGGAAAUGAAUCAUCGCAGCUCUGGAGGGGCGGAGCAACAGUACGGCGAGAGUAAAGAUCAUGACGUGGAGGUCAGACGGCUCGUGUCAGAGGACUCGUCACAUUACAUACUCAUUAAAGGGUCCCAAAAGGCCGCUAAGACUCCAGACAGUCGGCCGUCACCAGCGCUGUGGUCCAGCUGUCCAUGGGAAAGAAAAGGAAGACCUGCAGGAAAACCUGAACCACUGUGGCAGCCAAUCACAGAAGAUGACGAGAACAAGCCUUCCUCCUCCUCUUCAUCAGCACCUAAACAGACGUGUGUUCAGGAGGAGGAAGCACCACCCUCCCCUCGCACCCUACACGCCAUACAGAGUGCCAUGAUGGACACUAGCUCUGAUGAAGAUGAUGAAGCAAUCACUUUGAGAGCUGCACAUGAUGGAGGCAGAACAACAGGAACUGAAGAUAAAGAUGGAAGUGUUUCAAUUCGAACUCUACACGCCAUCAAGGAUGAUUCAACAGCCACCGAUCUCCACAAAAACAGGAAACACAUCAUCAUGAUCAGCUCAGAUGAAGAUGAGGGUGAGCAGACAGUUGUAAUUAAUGAUAAUGAGCAGCUGACCAGAGACAGAGGUGUUUCUCCCAGGACUUUACUGGCCAUUCAAGAAGCUCUGGGCUCUAAAACGGUAAUGAGAAGCUCUGAGCGAGAAGAAUCAGAGGAGGUUCUUGGAAUCAGAAGCGCCGCUGCUGUCCGGAUGGACGGAUCUGAUCUGAUUCCAGGUGUUUCCUUACAGGCAGGUUCUUUAAAGUCAGAUGAAGAAACAGAAUCAAAACAUCAGUCCAGUACACCUCUUCUUUAUGUUUCUAAACCCAAAAGUCCAGAAGACACACGCGUGUCAGAAGGCGAUGUUCUUCUGAGCUCUUCCUCUGAUCAUAAACAUGUGAAAACGGAUGAAGACGAUCACAUAGAAGAAAAAAACUGUGAGAAUGUUGUGAAGAGUAAUGAUGAUGUGGACAGCAGCUCUGAAGAGAGUUUUAUAGAUGUGUCUGAUGCUGAGGAACCAUCUGAAACUGAGGAAGAACCAGUUAAUAAAAUCACAUCAGUUGACGUGAAUAAGAAAGAAAAGGAGGAAGACAUGAAAGAGUCCAGCGAUCAAAGCUCAGAUGUAGAUAAUAGUGUAAACAAUGAGUCAAAAACUGAACCAUCUCAAGAAUCAACAGCUGCUGCUGUGAGCGAGUGGGAACACAUUGAUAUGGAGGAGCUGGUGCAUUUAGAGAGAGAUCUACAGGAUGAACAGAUCAGUCUGAGAGAGCAACAACAACAACAGGAACGCCACAGCAGCACCGUUACUGGACAGAUGUGUCAAGAGAGCCAGGAGCUGUUGCGUUUGUUUGGCGUACCUUUUAUAGUGGCACCGAUGGAGGCUGAAGCUCAGUGUGCGGCUCUGGACCGCUCGGAUCAUACGCACGGCACCAUCACUGACGACAGCGACAUCUGGCUCUUUGGUGGCCGUCAUGUCUACAAGAACUUCUUCAACCAGAACAAAUACGUGGAGCAUUUCCAGUCUGUGGACAUGCAAAACCAACUGGGUUUAGACAGGACUAAGAUGAUCAAUCUUGCGUAUCUGCUGGGCAGCGACUACACUGAAGGCAUUCCAGGGGUGGGAUACGUCACCGGAAUGGAGAUACUCAACGAGUUUCCUGGUGCUGGAUUAGAACCACUCAUGCAGUUCAGUGAGUGGUGGACUAAAGCUCAGGAGAAUAAGAAACUAGCUGUUAAUCCCAAAGACACAAAAGUGAAGAAGAAACUGAGAAAUGUACAGCUUCAUCCUGGUUUUCCAAACCCUGUCGUGGCUCAAGCGUACCUGCAACCCACCGUUGACCAAUCAGAUGCCUCGUUCAGCUGGGGCCACCCACACCUGGAGCUCAUUAAGGAGUUCUGUCAGAGUCGUUUUGGUUGGAACAGUAGAAAGACGGAAGAGACGUUACGGCCCGUCCUAAAACAGCUUAAUACCCAACAGACGCAGCUUCGCAUUGAUUCAUUCUUCCAUUUGGAGCAGCAGGAGCGGCAGUUGAUCCGUAGUCAGCGUCUGCGCAGAGCGGUAACCUGUCUCAAGAGAAAAGAACGAGAGGAGGAUGAUGAGGAUGAUGAAGAGACUUCUCCAGCUAAACAGGGAAAGAGUGCGGCCUCCAAUAUGUGCCGGGGUGGAGAUGAGGCCCCUGGUGCUGCGGGGCCCUUAGCAGGAGGAUUUCUAGGAUCAGCGGUGCAUGUAAACACCCCCACAGACCUGCAGGAGGGCAGAGUUACUCAUGACAGGAUGCUGAUGUCAUCGGGGGCGGAGUCAAGCAGCUCCAGCUCAGAGGAUGAGGCGGAACGUGGGCGAGGUGUCGUUAUGGUUACAGCGCGAUCCGUGUUUGAGGGGACAACGAGAGGAAGACGAACAGGGCGAGGAGGAAGAGGGAGAGGAAAGAGCAAAAACGAAUGACAACAAACAUAUUUACUCAUAAAUAAUGUGGAUUUACAGAACAAGAGAUACUAGUUUGUUGUGGAUGAGAAUUUAAAAAUGUUAAGAGUAAUGAAGAAACUAAGUGUCUUGUGUUUUUCAAAGCAAAGAAUUUCUAAAUGACUAACUACGGUGCUGUACAAUUAAGAUCCAGCAUAAUGGACCCUUUUCAUAUUUCUGGGUUUGGAACGCAUAAGGGUGAUAUUUGUGUCAACUCAACCAGAGGACCCCGGCUAAAAAUUUUGUUUUUGAGAAGUGUGAUUACUGGUGAAAAAUGAACAUAAAUGACAAUGAAAGCCAAAAUAUUAAAUGCCAUGGAUCAAUAUUUACCGAGUAAUCCAUUAUUUUGUAGAGGGGGGUCAAAAUGCUAAUUUUCCCCUAUUACAACUCAAACUACAGCUAAAAAAAAAUAACCUUGGAAAGGUGUCAGUGUCAUUAUUUUAUUUUUACACAGAGAUAGGUAGAUCUAUUACUAAACUCUGUUGACUUCAGCACCCCUUGGUGCAUUAUAAGCAAAUGGGGUGAGUCCAAAAAUGGGACAAAACACUUUUUUGUGCUGUUUAUCCAAAGUUGAAGUGCCUGUAAUUCCAGAAUUAUGAAAUAUAUCUUAAUAUCCAGUCAGAUUCUGGAUCAAAACAAACUUUACUUUUUGUAUCUUCAUUCUUAAGACCCUGUAUGGUCAAAUCUCAGAGAUAUGGGGCUCUCAACGUGUCUCCAUUCAUAAAUUGUUAAAUUUGACCCAUUUAUAAUGGUUGAGAACCAAAUGUGGGUCACAUGGUAUAAAACUAAUUUUUCUUGUCCAACAAAACAAAGUUCUGAAGUACAAAUAAUGUUGAAACCAGAAAUGUACCUUUAUGUGUUCACAUUAAAACAAUAAUGUUUUAAUGUGAAUAAAUAGAACUACAGUAGGGUAAAUGUUAAAAUGUACAUUACAUAAUUAAAAAAUAAAACAAAUAUAAAUGUUUGCUUGACUUACGCUGCUAAAUAAGGUGGAAACACAUCAGACUGAAAAGGGUCCAUUGUUUCAUAAAUGCAACAACAUAAAAUAAUGUCAAAUCAAGUAUCUCUUUAAACUUUGACACAUUAUAUCAGAUCUACAAGAUCACAUUCCUUAUUUAAACUGAAUCUUCCAAACUAUUCCAACAUACUGUAUGAAUUGUUUUUACCUUUAGAUGAAUAUGCAAGAAUGUUUUUCCUUUAC